AUGGCUAAACGAGCAACGGCUGGCGAUCAUUCGACGCCGAAAAAGAAAUCUAAAGUCGAUGGCAGCAAGCAAAUGCGACUGGAUGACUUCCUUUCGCCAACCAAAGCACCAUCGGGCAGUGCAUCUAAUACCUCGCACACGAGGACGACUCGGUCCCCAAUCAAAACUCCUGAAAUCAUCAAUGUCGAUAUGUUUGAGGACAGACCCCUAAAGACUUCCACGAAAUCAACCACCCUUUCCGCCCUCCCGGCCCAUCCGGCUGAGACCAAGUCACCGUCAGGGUCUCCAGCGAAGGUCUUCCAAUUACGCGACUCAAGGCCGACUGUUGUGGAUUACGCACCACUGGAUAACAAUCCUCUGCUGUACUCUCCUGAUGAUCAACCAUGGACGUCAGCGGACGUUCCGUAUUCUUUCCUAUGCCAUGCAUUGGCGACCUUAUCUCAAACCAGGUCAAGAAUUGCGAUUAUUAACACUCUGGUCAACACGCUCGUCACCGUGAUUGCUCGCCACCCCCCCUCGCUACUCCCGGCGCUUUACCUACUCUCCAACUCCCUUUCCCCGCCGUAUGCUGCUCUGGAACUGGGGAUAGGCAGUUCCGUGCUGUCAAAGGCCAUCCAACACGUGUCGGGGCUGUCGGCACCAGCGCUGAAAAGGCUGUACAACACGACAGGCGAUGUCGGGGACGUUGCCUUCGCGGCUAAAUCCAAGGUCCGCACUCUCGUGCCCCACGCUCCUCUCACAGUGAAGGGCGUCUACGAAUCUCUGUUGAAAAUAGCAAGAUGCAAGGGACAGGGUGCUGCUCAGCAGAAAGGGAAAAUCGUUGAACAGUUACUGGUGGCUGGAAAUGGAGAAGAGAUCCGAUACCUCGUACGGACACUGGCCCAGAACCUCCGAGUUGGUGCAGUCAGAACUUCGAUACUGACAGCAUUGGCCAGAGCGUUUGCUUUACAUCCACCUCAGCAAUCUUCCUCGUCAACUUCCCUGUUUCAUGUCUCAAAGUCUCUACGAGAGCGGGCAGCACGGGUUUCUGGAAAGAAGUCGUCGUCGGAGGUGUCGAAUCAGGAAGAGGUCAAGGAGAUCUUUUCCCGGGCUGAAACCCUCGUCAAAGAGGUGUAUGUCCAACGUCCCUGCUAUGAUGACAUCGCCUCCGCGCUCCUGCAGCAUGGGCUUCCUCAGUUGGCACAAAGUGUGCCGCUGACAGUUGGGAUCCCUUUACACCCGGCCCUCGGCUCACCGAAUCGAUCUUUUGACGAGAUCUAUGAUCGUCUGGGAGGUGCUCCCUUCACUGCAGAAUUCAAAUAUGAUGGUCAGCGUGCUCAAAUCCAUGCGAGACGAGACGAAGAGGGUAAAACCCAUGUUAAGCUCUUCUCCCGCCACCUCGAGGACAUGACGACAAAGUAUCCCGACGUUGUAGCAACAAUUGAACGCAUGUUGCUUGAUGCGCCUGCCACCACAUCCUUUAUUCUCGACUCGGAGAUCGUCGCAAUCGACCUUACUACAGGAGAGCUCAAGUCCUUCCAAGAGCUGUCCAAUCGUCCACGCAAGGGCGCCAAACUCGAGAACAUCAAAGUCGCUGUCGGUGUCUUCGCGUUCGACCUCAUGUACUAUAACCAACAGUCCUUACUGCUGGCGCCCUUCAGAGAAAGAAGAGCGCUGUUGAGGAGUAAAUUUUCCCCAUUCAAUCCAGACGACAAAACGCUUGCUCGAUUUGAUUUUGUCGACAGUUGUGAAAGCACGGCUGGCAAGGCGGCAGUCACUGAGUUCUGGGAAAAGGCUGUGUCCAGUCGGUGUGAAGGUCUGAUGAUCAAGGUAUUGGACUCCAUGGGUGAUAAUGACAGUAGCCCCCCAGCUUCCCGGAUUUCUCGGAAGUCACAGCUCCCAGCGACCUACGAACCUGACAAGCGCACAUCAGCCUGGCUGAAAUUGAAGAAGGACUACAUCGAAGGGAUGGGGGACAGUCUCGACAUGGUGCCAAUUGGUGCAUGGUAUGGGAACGGCCGUAAGGCCGGAUGGUGGAGUCCGAUUUUACUUGGACUUUGGGAUCCUUCAGCGGGUAGGGUGAUAGCCAUGUGCAAGUGCAUGUCCGGGUUUACUGAUGCAUUUUAUAAAAAUUUAUCCGAAUCCUACUCUUUGAAUUCCGACGAUUGUUCUGAUCAAUCCCGCUGGGAUUGUGAGCUGGGUGGGUUCCGUCCUGAUGUGUAUUUCAAGCCGAAGGAAGUAUGGGAAAUUCGUGGCGCAGAUGUCACCGAGAGUCCCGUCUCCCUCGCGGCACUUGGCCUCAUCGCCGGAAACCGAGGACUCAGCUUGCGGUUCCCUAGAUUUAUCAGGCUUCGGCCAGAUAAAUCCAUUGAACAAGCUAGCACACCCAGUUUUCUGGCCGGUAUCUACAGUCAGCAGCAAGGUAAACCAGUGGUAACAGGCGCUGAUGACGGGGAUCUUGUAGAUCGUGUUUCAGAGGAAGGUAGCACAUACGAGUCGGAGGAGCGCUCGGACGGCGAAUGA